AUGGCGGCGGCGGCGGCGGUGCCGCUCCGUGUGCGCGGCGGGCGCUGAAGCCGCUUCCGCCGCCCGGCCCGGCCAGCACCAAACAUGGCGGAGUCGGUGCUGGAAGUGGUGGGCCGGCUGCAGGCGCGGCUGGCGGGCAGCGCCGAGCCCAAGAAGCUGCUGAAAAGUCUGAAGAGGCUCUCAGAGUUGCCCAUCACAGUUGACAUUCUCGUGGAGACGGGUGUUGGGAAGACCGUGAACAGCCUUCGGAAGCACGAGCUGGUGGGAGACUUUGCCAAGGACCUCGUGGCCAGGUGGAAGAAGCUGGUGCCGGUGGCCCAAGAGGCAGAGCGGAAUAACCUGGACUCCGAAGACCGUGACUACGAGAGGAGCAGCUCAAGCAGAAGACAUCAGGAGUCCUCCCUCAGAGAGGAUGAGGAGCCUGACCAGGAUUACUCAGAGCCCUUCCAGCCAUCUUGCAGCCAAUCCUACAGCCCAGACCAUAGGGAAAAGAAGUCCAAAAGGUAUCCCAGGCCUGAGAGAGCCCACGAGACUUACGGCUAUAGCAGCCACCAGGGGAAGGGUUGGGGCAGAUCCUCCCCGGUGCUCUCUUCAGAUCAGGAGUACUCGGACUGUGGACAAGCUGUGUCACCUGAGCCGAGUGAGAGCCCUCAGGAUAUGGACACAGACCCUUACGCCUCCGAGGAGCAGGAAGAACCCCCGGUAUUCCACCGGAAAGCCAGCAAAGGCCACAGCUUCCAGGAGAAGCUCGUGGGAGGCCGCAACUCCGGCGACGUCUGUGACAAAGGGAACACGAGUCGAAGCAAAGAGCACAAAUCUCACAAGAAGCAGCGCCUCGAUGGCAGAGGGGACGAGAGGACCUCUGCCUUCAGCCCAGAAAGAUUGCACAAGACCUCCUUUAAGGAGCAGCUCCGAGAAUCCCCCGCGGCAGCGGCCGGCAAGGAGAAGCAGAGGACGUCGGACGGCACCAAGAAGGAGAAGAGCCGAGAAAGCAGCACCUCCAAAAAGGAGAAGCUGCACACGCUGCCGCCCUUGGAGGAGUCUCUGGACAACCACGUGAAGAAGCAAAAGCAUCGGGACUCUGAAAAGGGCAAACUGGAAAAGUCCAAGCUGAGCCUGGAGACCCCCAACGCGGAGCGGGAGAAGCGGAAAGCUGAGGCCGACUCCUCGAACAGGGUCAAGGAAAAGGGGGGUUCCGGGAGCUUAAAAUCCUCGGAGGGGAAGCGCAAAAUGCCCGACGUGGACAAAAAAUCAGCGGGUUUCUCCUCCAAUUCUGGGGAGGGGGAAGCGGAGGAUGAGUUUGAACAGCCCACGAUGUCCUUCGAGUCGUAUCUCAGCUACGACCAGCCCCAGAAAAAGAAAAAGAAAGUGGUCAAAGCCCCGGCUGGCUCAGCUGGGGAGAAGGACCGAGGGCACAGCAAACAGAACGGAUCCAAAGCCAGCACCAACAGCUCGAGCUCGAGUCAGAAAAGUCCCAGCCACAAGAGAACAAGUGAGAAAAAGGCAGAGAAGAAACCCCCAGAGCCUCCUAAACCAAAGAGGAUAAUCUUAGAUGUGGUACCAACAUUACCAGACAUCCCAUUGCCCCCGAUCCAGGCCAACUAUCGUCCUCUUCCCUCCAUCGAGUCCAUUACCUGCUCCCAGACAAAAAGAAAAGCAGUGUCCUCGCCGGUUGAGGAGAGCGAAGCCGGUUUCACGGGCCGACGGUUAAACUCAAAAAUGCAGGUGUACUCGGGCUCCAAAACUGCCUACCUCCCAAAGAUGAUGUCCCUGUACCAGCAGUGCAUCAGGGUCCUCAGCAACAACAUCGACUCAAUCUAUGAAGUGGGUGGUGUCCCUUUCUCCGUGCUGGAGCCGGUGUUGGAGAGAUGCACCCCGGAGCAGCUGUAUCGCAUCGAGGAAUGUAAUCAUGUGCUCAUUGAGGACACGGAUCAGCUGUGGCACAAUCACUGCCUCAGAGAUUUCAAGAACGAGAAGCCAGAGGAGUUCGAGUCGUGGCGGGAGAUGUACCUGCGGCUGCACGACGCGCGCGAGCAGCGGCUGCUCAUGCUGGCGCGGAACAUCGGCUCGGCCCACGCCAACAAACCCAAAGGGAGAGUGGCCAAAAUGGCAUUUGUGAACUCUGCAGCGAAGCCCCCUCGGGACGUACGAAGGAGACAGGAGAAGUUUGGAACUGGAGGGCCUCUUCUGCCAGAGAAGACCAAAAUCAAACCUGUCCUGUACACAUCCAGCAAAGGCCACGCUCGAGCGGGUGAUGAGCAGUCCUACGAUGGGCCCAGCACCAGCAGUGCCCACUCUGUCCCAUCUUCAGGGAGCACCUUCUCCUCCUUCGACCCCAGGAAACCCCCAGUGAAGAAAAUUGCACCAAUGAUGGCAAAGACUAUCAAAGCUUUCAAAAACAGGUUCUCUCGAAGAUAAGUUUGCAGUGCUGACCUGGGACUUUCUCUCACGGGGAGGAGUGGCACUGGAGGGGGAGAAGGUUCCCAAACAGCCCUUACCCUUGGACUCUUUGGAGGCUGCAGCUGCUGGGAGAAGCUUCAAUCUGCACAAGAUGACGGCACAGUAUUUUAUCUUUUAUUCUGGUCCCUUUCUCAGUGUCAAGCCCCCCCCCUUCUUUCCCCCCCUGCCCUCAACAUCCUGUUUCUGGCUUUGGCAUCCGUCGAAAGAAGGGUGUACAGAAUCUCCCGACACAGGAAAAUGUGAAGUCUUGGCACCUGCUGAGAGUGGAAGAUCCAGAGACUUAUUUACUAUUUAACCUCUUAAUAAAUUAUGAAAUGGUUUUAAUUAAUAUUUUGCCCCUCUACCCUGCUCUGUUAUUUAUGUCACUCCCAGUAGUCUCUCCCCUCCCAGUCCAGUCCAAGGGUCAGCCUCUGUGACUUGAGCUGGAAUCCAUCUGUCUGAGUGGAAACUGGGUGUCACGGGAGUCUUUCCUUGUGACCUGGUACCUGCUGGGCCCAAAGUCUCACCUGGAGGCUCUGGGACAGGUAGGACUGGUGGCCCAUCCACUUGUCACUCCUUUAGCGAGUGCAUCAAGUCGCGAGGCUUCGCUCCCUGCUCGUGUGUUAAUUAAACCUGAGCUCCUGACCCUCCCCCUGCUGUUGCUGUAGAUCCUGUACAGAUGCUUUUGUGGCCGUGCAGGGAUGCCAAGGGCCUUUGGGGACGUUUCCUCUGCUGCUGUUGUUGUCUUCUGCUGGCUACUGGGAAUAGAACUGCUGCGAGGGACUGGGGAGGAAUUUUACUCUGCACCAAGUGGGAUUUUAACUUUUUACUGGGAGAGGAAUAGGGGACUUUGCAAUUGAAAGGAGUUUUUAAAUAUCAAUGAAGGCAUCGUUUGCCUCUUUCAGUGGAAAGAAGGAAUACUUUUAUCUUGUUUUCUGUGUGGGAUUGGAACGGAUUUGUUUCCAGUUUUGGAAGCUGGUGCCUAAAUCCUGCCUUUUCCUCUGUAUGUUUUGCUCUGCCCCCCCCCUCUUUGGAGGAGUCCAAGGAUUGUGGUCUCUGAACCUGGAACCGCUUGGAUGAGGUUGGAGGGAAGUGAGUGAUGGGACGUGGCUGUUUUAUCGUGUGUCCUUCACAGCAGGAGCUCCAAAGGCUCCGCUGUCCUCGCUGUCUGAGGAGCUGGAGCUUGGGAAGGAAAAGGUGACACUCUGGAGCCAGGGGCUGGUGGGAGUGUGAGGAAGUGCCCUGGGGCUCCAGGGGAGGUCGGUGCUGCUGAGGGGUGUGGUGGCAGCUGGGCUGGCUGGACACACCCGGGCUGUGACAUGUGGAGCCUCGUGGGGAAGGUUCCUGCUCGUGGGUUGUGUCUGUCCCCAGGUGAGAGCCCCAGGGCUGGUGCAAGCAGAGGAUGGGGCUGGUGAGACCCAGGUCUCGUGGUGGCCUCUGUGAGGGCUCAGAGGCCCAACUGGAUCGGAGAGGGGAGGGAUUCUCCUGUUCCAAGCCAUAUUCGCUGCCCUAGGACUUUGCUGUCUGGGUGGAAAAGAUGCUGGUAGGGGAUGCUGUUGUUGUUGGCAGCUCCUGAGAAGCUGUGCUGCUGGCUUUCCGUGGCUGCCAAAUCCCAAACCGGUGGAGUUGUCUGUGUGCACUGACCGGGGGAAACCUCGCUGUGAAGGGUCCUCCCUGGAGGGCUCUGGAAAAAAAAAUCCCUGUUUGCUUCUGCUUUCUCUUGGGUUGUCUGUUUCUUUCCUCUUUCUUCUUUUUUUUUUUUUUUUUUCUCCCUCCCUUUUAAAAGAUUCCUUUCUUUGAAACCAUUCUGUCUCCUGUUUAUUUGGUUUUUUCUUUCCUUAGUUUGAAGUUCUUGGAGAAAUGUUCUCAGACUCUCACGUGCUGUAAGUUUGUUACAGUCCCAGAUGCUUUAAUGUUACCGUGCAGCAUCUUCAGUGUGUGUUGUGCUGUAAAAUAAUGGCUCCUUUACUCCUGCGUUUUUGCUGUAUUUAAUUUUUGCUGUAUUUUUAAUUAGAUAACAAUAUAUUUCUCUUUCUGCUGAC